AACUACUUAAACCGUUUUGAGCGGGUGGCUCGAAAGGACGAUUUCCUACAUAUGAGAGAAAUUGUAAUUGUUUUUGUAGUGCAGCCGGGUUUGGAUGUUGUUGAUAAACGGAGACACGGGGCCAGAAGAAGACGUCUACUGAAUUGUUAGGCUUAUUUUUUGUUUUUGUUUUUUUUAACCAAAAGGGACGCAGCCAUGAGUUCCCUGCCAGAGGCCACGCGUUCUCUCAUGCAGGUAUUCAAUGGGAAGCUGCAGGUGUUCACCAAUGAGAUCGAGACUGUCCACAUGGUAUGGCUGGAGGAGAUUCAGCAAGAGGCUAAACGCAUGUUCUCCAGUGACUUUAGCACAGAGCCAGAGCUUAUGCCAAAGACUCCAUCACAGAAAAAGACAAACCGCAGGAAACGGGUGUCCACAGAGCUCAGUGACGCUCGUAGCAGAAGACGUUUUUCUAAGGGGAAGCGCAGUAACCUGCGACGUUCCUCAGUCCAGCUCACUCUAAAUACAGUCUCUGAGUUGGUGGUUUCACAUGUCCCCAAUAACAGUAUUGACAGUGUGGCUGAGGAGCCUGCUCGCCGCACACGCCGUAAUAAAGCCACCGUAGCUGCAGACAGCGAGCCAGUCAAACGCAGCACGCGCAACAAAGCUGCCAAGGCAAAGGAGCAGGCUGAGAAGAUGGCAGAGGAGUCGCCAGUUGCUCCACAGUCACCUGAGAAUGUUUCAAAGAAAAAGGAGCACAAGGUAGAGGAGUCGUGCAGCUCUUCACCUCCUGUGCAGGCACUGGUGUCUGAGGUUGUGGUGAAAAUCCCCUCAGUUGAGCGUCUUUCUGCUGAAAAGCUGCUUCAGUGCUCCCCCUCUUCUGGUCGCGCUGCACAGAAGAUUACAAUCGCAGAUGCAGGUAGCCAGGCAUCGAUGCGGCGCUCAACCCGACACUCCCUGGUGGUGCGGCGCUCCCUAGCAGGCCUCAGGCACAAUAUGACGCAAGAAGCAGUGCGGCGUGCUUCUCGACGCUCAUUCCUGAAGAAGAAGGCCAGGCUAGGCAACUCUACAUGCAGCAGCACCGUCAGUGGGGAUGUGUCUGUGGAUAUAGAACCGGAGGAAAAUGAGGAAUUGCUGGAGGACAGGAUGGAGGAGGUGGUUACUGAGAGAGAGACAGCAGCAGCAGAAUCUAAUGUUAAAACUGAGCCAACCCAGCCUAAGGUGCUUGAUCAGGAGUCUGAGCCCAUGAAGCAUGUAGUGGAGGAUGUUCCCAGACUGGUGGAGGAAGAAGUGACAGCAUCUCCCAGUGUCCAGGAAAACUGCCGCUUCACCCGGUCCAUGGCUCAGCCCUCAGGAUCAGAUGACAGUGGGAAAAACGCUCAGGAUGAUGUUCGGGCCUCUCGCUCAGCUUCCAAACGUGCAGCCGCAGAGGCAGCAGCAGAAGCAUUCAGCACCCCCAAGAAGAAGCACUCUCCUCCCAAGAAGUGCAUGACUGGCAUCACACCCGGCAUGCGCUCUUUCCUGCACACGGUGCAGAAGAACCAGCUGCUGAUGAUGACUCCAAACUCUCUUGGUCGUAGCUCUGUCAUGAAAUCCUUUAUUAAACAGAGUGGAAAACUUGAUGUCAAGUUGAGCACUGGCUCAGUGGAGCGGGAGCGACAGAAAUGGGAUGCUCUUAACAAGAAGAUUGAACAAGAAAAUGAAAGAAAGAAAAAGCUGGAGGAGGAGAGAAGGAAGAAACAGGAAGAAAUGAAAAAGAAACGGGACGAGCGUUUGAGACGGGUAGUGGAGGCCCGAGUGAAAGGAGAAAAGGAGAAGGAGCUGGAAAAGAAGAAAAAAAUAGAAGAGAAAAUGGCACAAAUGGAGAAGAAAAACGAUAUGAUGCGUGUGGAGCGGCUCGCUGAGGAGAAAGCUAAGAAAAAAGUGGCAACGAAGCGUCAAGAGGAAUUGGAACUUCGCAAGAAACAGGAAGAAGCAGCACGGAAGAAAAAGCUUCAGCAAGUUGAGGAGGAAGAGCGGCGACACCAGGAGCUCCUGGCCAAGCGUAAGGCUGAGGAGGAGAGGGAGAAGGCACGCAAACAAGCCGAGGCUGCUCGUGCUCUGGAGCUCAAGAAGGAGCAAGAGCGGGAACGAGAGCGCGAGAGGCAACAUGAGGAGAGAGAGAGGGAGCGAGAACGACAGGCUGCUGCUGAGAGAGAGCAGUUAGAGCGGGAGAGAGUGGAGCGGGAGAAGGCCAUAGCUCUUCAGAAGGAACUGGAGAGAGCAGCCAAGGAGAAAGAGAGGAGAGAGCUGGAGGAGAAGAGGAGGAAGGAAGAAGAGCAGAAAAGGGCUGAGGAGCAGAAAAGGGCUGAGGAGGAGAGAAUGGCCCAACAGAAACGUGCUGCUGCUGCUGCUACUGUACCCACUACAUCCACUACUGUUGUAAAACUGCCUGUCAGCAAAACUCUUAACACCACAUUUACACACAGUCCUGCACUAAAUGUUACUGUAGAUAUUGAGCAAUCAGUCAUGAAAACUCCUGCUGCCAAAGGGACGGCUCAUAAGACGAUUGAUCAGGGAUCAGCACUGAAUGUUACUGUAGAUGUUGAGCAGUCUCCACAGUCCUACCAGAUUACACCUAAAGGUAAGAAGGUUGAGGUUUUAGUCAAUCCAGAGGACUAUGGCAUGGAUCAGAACAGUGAUGACUCUACAGAUGAUGAGUCGGCACCCAGGAAACCCAUCCCUUCAUGGGCUGAGGGCAUGCAGCUUCAGCAAGCUAUUAUGAAGCAGUAUUAUGACCCACUGGAUCUCCACUCCUACUUUGGGAAUGUUGAGCAGCCUAAACUAGAGAAGAUUUUCCAAAGGAGCAAACCACGUUUCUUCAAGCGCACAAGCUCUGCUGUCUGGCACUCCCCUCCACGCAUGGGUGCCAUGCCCAACUAGCUGGAAACUGUUGUUAGCCUUGUUUAUUUUUCUGUCUUUUUAUAUAUGUAAGCAUUUUAGGUUUGUGUUUGUAUAAAACAUUUGGAUUUCACUUUAAAUAAAGUGCUAUAAAAUGUAUCAGAAGUAGAGUAAUACAAAAUCAAAAAUGGUUUUGCAACAAAAUGCUGUGGCAAUGCACCCCUCUGGUUUUCUUUUCUUUUUUUUUUUUUUUUAAACCUACAGUAUUUCUUAAUACUGUUAGGAAUGAUGGUCUUCAUACAUUCAUUAGGAAAUGGCAUGGCCACUUUGGGAUACACUCUCUUAUGGUUUAUAGAAAUCACUAUAUGUCUAAUGUAAAAUUCUCUGCUUAAAACCUGCAUAAUCUUAAUGUUUGUUGUGAAAUGAAGCAGUUUAAUUGA